CGUUUGCUGAGAUGUGGAAUUUGCAAGUUACAUUCAGCCUCAAUCAUUUCGAGCUUCGAAGUCUCCUUAUUUUCUUACCAUCGAGCUACAAAGAUCGCUACAGCUCGGAUAAAAACCCUACAAUUACAGAUUACAACACAAAGUUCACAGCAAGAAACAAUGGCGUCCUCUAAAGUUGUCUCGAGGUUAUCCUCUCGGUUAAAGCUGGUCGCUUUCAAAAUCAGGAACAAGUCGCUUUCUCCGCAACCGUUUUCGCUCAAUUCGAGUUGCUCUACCUCUCAGCCUUCGCUUUCUACAAGACGCCUCUCAAGAUUACCUCUCGAAUUGAGUUGUGUGGGAUCAAUGAUGCCAUUGCACAGCGCGCUAGCUUCGGCCAGAUUAGUAUCGAGCUUGUCCAGUGAAUCUGAUAGCUGGGCUUUAGUGCCUCAAGGUGUCUCAAUGCCUUUAUGACAGUCUCUUGCACAGCAAUUGUUGGUGAGGAAAGCCAAAAAUGGAUGUUGGAGUUCUUGUUUCGGUUUUUUUAUGAUUUUACAACCUAAAGUUUGGAAAAGAUCAGUGACUAAAAAAUGACACCAGUUAGGACCAGAUUUAUUCUGUUCAUGAUCUUCAAUUAUCAUUUUCCUGGUUCACCAACUCUUUUGUAAUGACUAUAUCCAGGAGGCUGGUUAGAAAUUUUUGUUCAAUCACGAUGCAUUAUUAUGCAUUCACUUUUAUGAUAGUUGCAGGUGACACUAGUAUUAAACAAUCUCUCUUACUGCUCUUGUACUCACUCUUGGAGGUAUGCAGUUACACACUUUGUAAUAAUUUGUUUUCAGCUCAUCACUUGCGAUCAUUCAGGUAUUUCA